UACACAUUAGCAGACCGACGAAGAGGAUCGACGUCUGUAACAAUCUUCUUUUACAUCCCCAGCCAUUGUUAUUAUUCUUGUUUCGCGCAAUUUCAAAGAGUGACGCGAUGCGCGUACCCGGUUUAUAGUCGCGAAAUACCGUCAACCAGCUUCCCAGCUUCCCUUCGGCUUACGUCCGAUACACUCGCUAUCUUUCCUCUCGCAGGUUUCACCGAUUACCCGCCUUAUGUGGCCAUCCUCGUCCAUCCUGGCACAAGGGAUGCAAGAUAGUCUUCGCUACACUCGCAAACCCCCACCCUUAAAGAUCACGGUCGCAGGUUCACCCUGUCUCGACUUCCACCCUAUCGUUCUCCUUCUCUUUCCGUCCUCGUCCCACUUCCACGGUCAUUGUAUCUUCCCUCUCGCACACUCGUCGACGUCUUCCGUUCGUCUAUCUCCGUUCAGCGCACGACUGGUCGCUUCAACCCCCAACAAGGCUCGCUUCUGCGACUCGCGCAUCCGGGGUUGCGAUUCGAGAGGGUAGAAAACCGGCGCGAUGGUGGGGAAUCAGCGUCGGUUAGGUGGGAGCGCUCGCAAACGGAGUGGGGGAUGUUUGACUACAGUGAGCGCGACUCGAUUGUCAGUUAGUAUUGGGUUAGGUCAGCCCAGAGCAACGUCGUUGAUCGUCGUCGCUCCUCGUGGUCGGACGACGACGUUUGUUGUUUAUAGUAGAGUAGUAACACGUUUUCACGAUACCUCGUUUUUACUUUUAUUUCGUUUUGUUUCGUCUCUCGGUUCGAUUCGCGACGGAAAACUCGUCUCGGUGUCGGUUGAUUCUGUCGUAGGCGCGGGACGUUCGUUAAUCAAAACGUAGAGUGGUUCCCGCGUGGUUCGCGCUUUCCCUCUCCAAGGAUCGAAUCGUCUCGUCGCGUCGCGUCGGAGAGAAAGUUCCAAAAGAAAGACACAUCACCUUUCCGUUUCCCUUCGACCACGCUGUUUUGUGCAGUGCCGCGUCAAACGAGCGUUUGCCCGCGCAUCUUUGCUAUUAUCUACACGGAAGUGAUCGCAUUGUGCACCGAAGUGGAUGGAGUGUCAAAGUGAAAACACGCACCACGGAUCGUAGAAUGGCACUGUCUUACCUUCAAGAGGCCCAGAUUAACGCAGGACUCUUGACCAGCCAGCAUCUCGACAUGAAGCAAGAUUCCGAAAAGCAACCGCUCUCUCCUCCGCUGAAUAACAACACGUCACCAGUGAUGUUCCCUGGAAUGGGAAACGCAACCGCGGGGCUCUCGAUGCUUACCCCGCAGCAGCUUUUGGCGGCCAGUCGAACCGCGGCCUUGAUGGCCGCAGGAAUCCCCGUGUCGUUGCACGCUACCUUAGCGGCCAGUCCAUCCUUGUACAGACACCAUCAGACGCUGUUUGGCGGUUGGGCGCCACCAGCAGCCUCCUCGCCACCGUCGCCUGUUCAUCACUCGCCUGGACCAGUGUCCCCGGCCUUGAGCACCAAGUCCACGUCCAGGCGAGCCAACAGCGCCUCCGCGAACAACAACAACAACAACAAUAACAACAACGUGGUAAGCAGCAGCGCCGAUCGAGUUACGAAGAAAGGCCAAGCCAACAAGCGAAAAAGCACCAAGUCGAAAACUGAGAGCGUGCAAGCGACGGUUGAGGGUUCAGGACCUCUCAGUCCACCCACCUCGGUCAGCCCCGAGGCGGGCAAAGACGGCAGGGACAAGGUCUUCACCUGCGGAGUAUGCUCGAGAUCCUUUGGUUACAAACACGUGCUGCAGAAUCACGAGCGCACCCACACCGGAGAGAAACCGUUCGAGUGCCCGGAAUGCCACAAAAGAUUCACUCGGGAUCACCACCUAAAGACCCAUAUGCGAUUACACACUGGCGAGAAGCCGUACCACUGUAGCCACUGCGACAGACAGUUUGUUCAAGUUGCUAACCUGCGUCGCCAUUUGCGUGUCCACACCGGCGAGCGUCCGUACGCUUGCGAACUGUGCUCGGCAAAGUUCAGCGACUCCAAUCAGCUGAAGGCUCAUCUCCUGAUCCACAAGGGCGAGAAACCGUUCGAGUGCGAGCACUGUCAGAUGCGUUUCAGAAGGAGGCACCACCUGAUGCAUCACAAGUGCGGCACGGUGGCGAACGCUGCUGGCCAGAUACCCAGGUCGCAGGUAGCCUCCCCGUCGCUGGCUAGCGACGACUUGGACGAGGACAUCGACAUCGACAUCGACGUGGAAAUGGAGGUACCCGAGACGACGCCGUUGCCGGCUAAGAAACCCUUGACGCCUGUCAGACCUGCUCACCGUCAGCUGCCCAGCCCAGUGGUUGGCACUUCGAUGCCCAUGCCGUUGAAUCUCUCCGGUAUCCCCGUGGAUCUUCCCGAGCAAACGGAACCGGAAGAUCUGUCCAUGUCCACGGGUAUGCACAGGCCUCACUCGCACUCGCACAGCAGCGGCGACUCGCCUAUGAGUCGCAGCCCGAGCAGCGACACCAUCCACGAGGAGGACGAGGACGAGCUGGACGUCUCCGAAGCGAGCCCCAGCAGCCUCUUCCUUCAGAAUCACCGCAACCAAUACGUUCACCACCUCGCGUCCCUUGGAAACCCAACCCCGGCCAAUGUCGGACACGCGUCCUAGUGGUGUCUCUAGGGGUACGUAGACACAGCUACGUAGAAACAGAGAAAAAAGCCACAAAAGAAAGCAAACCCUGUACUUUCACUGGGUUCGACGCGUCUACCCAAGGAUAAACGGAUCUCCAACGACGCGUUCCAACUCGAACGUGUCGAAGGACGCGCACGGAAGGUAUCGUUGAAAACAUGUUUCUCGUUUGCUUUUGGGUAGUAGGCUAGAACCCUCGCAGCUCACACAGAAUCCUCACUAAAAAAAAUCCUUCAAGCACCGGUUCACAGUCACUAUUGUUAAGAUGCUUUUUAUAGAUAUAUAUAUAUAUAUUAUAUUAUAUAGAUGAUUAUUAUUAUUACUGUACCUAUGAAAGAGAUACGAGUCGACGAAAGUGAAUGGCGGGUCUAUCGAGCAUUCUGUGAAACGUGUAAUUUAAACGUGAACAAACAAAUUCAGGGACGCGAUUUUUUUUUUGUCAAAAAUUAAUAUUAUAUAUAUAUCUAUACAGAAAUAUAUAUAUAUAUAUACACACACAUGCACGAUACGAGUAUAGAUAGGGUUUCAAAACGAGAAAGAUAUAGAGGAAACCUCCCAGGUUUUCUUUCCCAGGGGAUGAUCUUCGUUGUAUAUAGUUUCGCGACAAUGGAAAAAAACGGAAAGGAUAAACAUGUGUAUUUAGUUAGUCGUUGUAGUUCCGCGUGUUUCAUUUCGAGAGCCGUGACGAUUAAUAGAUAGAUAGAUAGAUAGAUAUUAAUUAGAUAGGUAUCGAUAAAGAGAGAAAAGCCGAGCUUGCCGGUGCGUGCGUGAGUGAAUGAGCGUGUGUUUGAUUCCGGAGGUGCGCGCGAAUGCGUAUAAAUGUGGCGAACGGGAAUCGAAAUAAAUAAACAAGAGAAGCUACGGAAUGAAUGUAACUGGUAUACAAGUUCCUCUGACAGUAAAAGUAGCGGGGGGGAGUGACAUCGGUUCGUCGGUCCUCUGUCGCUCUCGCACUUUGCCGAUUUAACGAGUUGUCGACCAUUUAUUUUCGUUUUCUUCUUUGAUUUUUGCCUCUUUUGUUACUUUCGAUUCAUUUCACUUUUCUCUUACUUGUAUUUAUUUUAUACAUGUAUAUAUGUGAUACCUCACGGGCGGUUGCGCGCCGCGUUGUUAUCUAUUCUCCACCCCUUUGUAAAGAUACCGAACGAACAAGUUUUGUUAAAUACAUGUACAAACACACUCGAACACGUUUCUUGUCACCGAUCGACUAGCGAAUCACUGAGCGAGCUCGAGAUGACACAUCCUUUCCUUGGAACAUCCAAAAAUGACGUCGCAACCGUGAACGUGUUAAAAACAAGAACACCAAAGUCCCAUCACGAUUCCUUGAGGAUCGUUUCAUUUGCAUAUUCGCCCUUCGCAAAAAACCAGUAGUGUAAGGCGAUACGCGUUCCUGAUGCGUGAAUAUGAAAUCGUCGAUUCGCAUCAAUCCGCACAAUAACUCGGAUUGGAGGCAGAAGAACCAUCCUCUUUCCUCGAUCCUCAUUCUCAUGCAUAAUCGGCCCACCAUCUUCGGCUACUCCGAUUUCCGUCUUUUUUCUGACGAGCAGCCGGUUUCGUGCGUUCCCUCUAGGAUUCUUUUGUCCUAGGGUCGGACGUCUGUUUCGCGCGAACCAGUUUUCGCAAUGAUAUACCCCCGCGUGCCGAAAAUUCGCAGCCGGUGGCCAGGACCUAGUCUUCUAGCCAUUCGGCUCUUCUUCUCUCGCUCCUCUCGAAUCGUCUCUGUGCGUUUCAAUGGUUCUCUGAUUUAUGUCUGGUCCUCGGCCAUGCAAAUUUCAUCGAGUCGAGGCCGCUCCGCGUCAUUGUUCCAUUGGGUCAGUCCAGGACGCUUUUCUCAGAGCCAGCAAGGACGGAGACGACAUCGUUCGCACUCUCCCUCUUCCGGGUAGGGCAUCCAUUCGCUGUUCCAACACCCUGACGACCGACUCUGUAACGUAACGCACCUCUGGGUUUUUCGGAGCACAAAAGGGAGGGGGCAGGCAGAGGUGAUUUGUGCGAAUAUCGUCUACGGAACGCUGACUGUCCCAAAAUUGCCCUCGUUUCGCUUUCAUUCGUUUCCCAAGACCGUUUCGCAAGAAAAGACCAAGGGACGCGAAGAAUAAUUUCUUUGACUUUUGCGUGCUUACCGAAAACAUAACUG